AUGACUAAAUCUCCACUAGGUGAUGGUUUUGAGGGUACUUAUGAGGAGCAUGUCGAAUAUAUUGGUUUGCGCCACAUUAUGGAUGGUGAAACUCCGUCUGAAUGGAGAAAUAGGAUUUGGGAUCGCCUAAUGUAUUUUCGAAAUAAAAAAUACUAUACGUAUGGUGAGAAAGAUUACUUCUGCGCUCACAAAGCUUUGCUAUAUCUUGUUGAUAGACAAAAAUUAUUCCCGAAAUGUGGAAUGACUAUCUGUUACUCAUGCAACAAAGUUGUAUAUCUUGGAAUAGAACACUUGUCAGUUGGUGAAAGAUCUGUUUAUAACGGAUUGGAGGGUAAGUUCAUAACUGAAAGAUUCAGAAAUAUUAGCUUUAAUGGAGAACAUUGGGGUAUAUAUCAACAUUGGGCCACAGCUUGUACCGGAAAUAAGUUUCGCAAACUAAAUUUUGAAGAAUAA